AUGGCCUCAACAGUCUCCGCCGCCGAAGCUCGCCAGGCAUCCACGGCCUCGCCAGCAGCAGAACCGCCAGCGCAGGCAAAGCAGCCGUCGAGCUUCUUCCCGCUGGGAUACAAGGAAGGAUUCAGCCAAUGGUGGACUUGUAUGCCCGCGGCCACCGCUGAACAUAGUGUCCUCUCCUUCAUCCCGUACCUGCAGCAGCCGCCGACACACAAGCAGACCGGCAACGAGCCUGCCGUCCCCGAUGGCCAGGCAGACAGUCUGACGACCGCAGACACCUCCCAGGCUGCCCAGGUGUCCGCCAAUUCGGUCGACGACCCGUACGGGCCCCGGAGAUGGCGGUCGAGCAUGGUGCAGCUCAGCGGUGACAAUCGGGCCCUUAACGAGUUCUCCGUCGAGCGUGUGGGCGAGAAGGUCGAGAACAAUCUUGUUGUCCUACAUGGGUACGGAGCCGGUCUGGGUUUCUUCUACAAGAACUUUGAGAGCCUCAGCCGUGCCAAAGGGUGGCAGCUCUACGCCCUCGACCUGCUCGGCAUGGGACGCAGCACCCGGCCUCCCUUCAAGAUCCAUGCCAAAGAACGAGGCCAGGCCGUCACCGAGGCAGAAGAUUGGUUCAUCGACGCCCUAGAGGAAUGGCGUGUCAAGCGGAAGAUCGAACGAUUCACCUUGAUGGGACACAGUCUGGGAGGCUACAUGGCCGUUGCCUACGCCCUUAAGUAUCCUGGACGCCUCGACAAGCUCAUCCUCGCCUCACCCGUCGGCAUACCAAAGGAUCCUCGCGCAGUCGAGACUGACCUUACCGAGCCAUCAGAGUCGACCUUGUCCGCCGAGUUCACCCAGGACCAGGAUGCCACCACCACCAACAACGGACUCGCAGCCAGGACUCCUCCCCUCCUGCGACCUCUGCCCAAGUGGCUGACCUAUCUCUGGGAUGCAAACGUCUCUCCUUUCACGUUCGUUCGCUGGUCUGGACCCCUAGGCCCUCGCCUUGUCUCCGGCUGGACGUCUCGACGGUUCUCACAUCUCCCGCAGCCGGAAUCAAAGGCCCUGCAUGACUAUGCAUACUCCAUCUUCAGAAUGCGCGGCAGUGGCGAGUAUGCCCUCUCCUACAUCCUCGCUCCCGGGGCAUACGCCCGCAAACCCCUGAUCAAUCGGAUCCACGGCGUGGGCCGCCAGCUCAUCCGAGAACCCGUCCCUUCGUCUGCAUCCCAGACCAGUCUCUCCUCUGCAGACUCCUCCGCCAGCCCACAGCCAUCCCCAUCGCCAUCACCAUCAGCCACGCCGUCAGAUACUGCUUCUUCGACACCUAGCCCAGGUGAGCAGCAGCCCGUACCACGCAAGGAAAACGGUAUCCCCGUGGUCCUAAUGUACGGUGACCACGACUGGAUGGACGUCGAAGGCGGCCACGCAGCCAAGAAGAAGAUCGAUGAAGAGAGAGAGCGCAUUCUCAAAGACGCCACGCCCGAAGAGAAGCUUGCAGACCGUGGAUCGGCCAAGGUUGUCGUUAUCAAAAAGGCUGGCCACCAUAUCUACCUAGACGGAUGGGAGGAGUUUAACAAGGUGAUCCUGGAUGAAAUGAAGGCCACCUCUAAUGAAGGAUGA